AUCUCUUUCCACUGAAGCAUUAUGAGAGCUUCCCAUUUGGCCAGAUAGUAGUGCUGCCAUAGCAGCCAUUGUUUGGACCAUUAUUUUGGGGGUUUAAAUUAAAGAAUUGUUGAUAAUAGGAUUGCCUGUGAAGGCAGUACUGAUGAUGAACGUGGCUCAGGUGAAUGACGUAAUCCAGAGAUGGAGAGACACCCCAGAGGGAGGUUUGAAGUCAGAUGACUACCAGCAGUUCAAGAACAUUGGAUCUGCCUGUCUUGCUCAGGGUGAAAGUGCACAACUUCUGCAAUUCCUUCAGGAUGAGAGAAACCAGGGAUUAGUAAAGUCUAUGGGUUGUGGCCUCUUGGCACCUCUUGCAAGUGAGGUCAUUAGAAAGGAGAAGAGUCUCAAUCACUGUCAGGCUGCUAUUGCACACCUGACCAAGACCUGCAACCCAAAGGAGCUCCUGCAUGGUUUCCUUCAACUGAUUGAGGACAUUGAUCCGGGAGCCAUUGCUGACACCAUUAUAGCUCUUGCUCCACACCUUCAAACAGUGCUACUUCGGAUGGAAGAGGAAAAAGCAGCCCCUUUGGGAAUGGCACUAUCUGCCCUGCAGAAGCAGAUGUCCCGACUGCCUGUGCCUUACACCCAGCAGCAGGAGGCAGCUGACGAGUUUGGCCUGUGUCGCUGCUGCACUGCCUUAGCUGCAUUUAUGGAGCCAUUUGUGGAGGAAGUGAAGAGGAAAGAUGGAAAUGGUGAUAACACUGCUGCAGAUAAGGAGCUGAAGACUGAGCUUCUAAAGUUCUGCAUGAGGUGCUUGAGAGAGCCUCUCCUUCAGGCCCAACUGGACCGAGGGAGAAAAUCACCACUGUGGGUCUUUGCAACAGAAAUACUGGUCACCCUGCCUGCAAUUCAGGAGCCCCUUCCAGAUCUCCUGUUCUACAAACCUCUGAAGAAAAGCAUCCUGAUCGACAAUCAUCAAUCCACGGAGUCAAGGGCAUGUUUGGCUUACCUGAUCUUUGUCCAGCUCAUCACAAUCGAGCGGUUUCCGGCCAUAUUCAGCCCUGUGUUUGUUCUUCAGUGCAACAUGGAGUACAUAAAUAUCUUGCUCAGUAGAAAAAAUGAGUCAUGCUUGCUCAAAGGACUGGCACUAUUUUCAAAAAGCCUGGAGAAUGUGCAGGACAACAGCCUUCCAGUGGCUCUGCUCGAACUGAGGACCUUCUACAGCGCACCACAGAACUUGAGAAAAGUCCUCACUGACUGCCCGAUGCAACAUUUAAGAGAAACAGGACUGCAGGUUUUCCAACUCUUCAUAAAUAAAUUAGAUGCUGAAGCAAAGCACAAGUUCUUCAGGUGCAUGUUAAAAACCAGCAACCAUUCAGGGGUAGAAGGUUAUAUAGUAAAAAACAUCAAGAAUCAAGUAGAAUUUUCCACUAAGCCAGGUAAUCGCAAUGAAUGGUUCCUGGGAGUCGAGUUUCCCCCACUGCUGGGACUGGCGCUGUGUUUGCCACAAGGUGCUGAGACUGAUCUGCUGCACAGUAUGGACAGGAUAAUGGAGUCUCUCAAUCUCCUACGUUAUGUACUUCUUAGAGACAAAGAACUGCGGAGCAGUAGAGACGUGUGGGCAGAGCUAUGCAGGAUCAAAGACAAAUACCUAAAAACGCUGCGUGUGUGUAUCAGCAUGUCAAGAUCAUAUUAUUCAUCUGAACUAAAGGCACUGUGGGAAGAUCAAAAGCAAAAAGCAAGGGAAGCCAGAGCUGCAGCGAGCUCAACCAGACUAGUGAAAAGUAUAACAGUAAAACAUGAAAAAGUAUCUAACAUGUCUCCAGAGGUCCAGCACCAGGUACUCCAGAGUGCUUUGGUGACAUUUGACCUGAUGGAGAGUCUUAUUGUCCGCAUUGAAGAGAUAACCGAAGAAAAGGAAGGGACACAAGAUUAAACUAUUGCUCAGCUGUUGUAUUAAAAUAAUCUUUUAGACUUGUUAUUUCACAGCAAAUGCUUCUUUUUAAUUAUUUGUUUGGCAAAUGAAUAAACACAAAAUGCAUAAGAAA